UAAGUCGAUAUGUGUGAAAUCUCUAGAAGAGUGCCUGGCUUGCGGGUAGCCUUACAUAAACCACAAAUGUUAGCAAUAGCUACCCUUCUCUUCCUCCUCAUGAUAGUACUCUGAGAAGCAGCCUUGGGAUUGAAAGUACUCUGGAUUUUAACUCAAAUAGGUUUGAGAGCUGAAAUUAGCUGUGGCCUCUCUUGGGCACAUCACUUACCUUAUUUGUGCCUCAGUUUCCAUAUUUACAAAAUCAGGCCAAAAAUCUUAUUGCAUGGGAAUUCAAUGAUGUAGCUGGUUUGUCUGAAUUUCUGUGGUGUGGGCACUGGAAACUCAAAGCACGACUCUAUAUUGUACUUUUGUAAUGUACAAUUGUUGUGGAGAGCAGCGAUGGCGAUAUUAGUCCUCUUUCCUUCUCCAUCCCUCUUGCCCUGGCGCCUGUGAAACAGAGCAUCCCCAUGGCAACAGCAGCAGCUGGUCCCUAGAUAAGAGGAGCAGGAGCCGGCCAGCAGCAGCCACUGCCGCAGAGGAGCCAGGCCCAGCUUCGGUGAGCACGCACGCCCUCCCUGUCUCUUGUCUUCACUUCCCUGCAUCUGCACUGAUUGUGCUGGAGAAGAAAUCCAUCCACCCACCCUCCUCUGAUUAUGUCCACUGAGCAAAUGCAGCCACUGGAGCUCUCAGAAGACAGACUGGACAAGCUAGACCCUCGUUGCAGCCACUUAGAUGAUCUUUCAGACGAGUUCAUUAAGGACUGUGAUCUCAAAAAGAAGCCUAGGAAGGGAAAAAACACACAGGCCACCCUGAAUGUUGAGUCGGACCAAAAAAAACCAAGGAGGAAAGAUACGCCAGCACUGCACAUCCCGCCUUUCAUACCAGGUGUGUUUUCAGAACAUUUAAUUAAAAGAUACGAUGUCCAAGAGAGACAUCCAAAGGGCAAGAUGAUCCCUGCUCUUCAUAACACUGACCUGGAACAGAAAAAGCCAAGGAGAAAAGACACACCUGCCCUGCACAUGUCCCCAUUUGCAGCAGGUGUGACAUUGCUCAGGGACGAGAAACCCAAAGCGAUCGUGGAAGAUGACGAAAAGGAUGGUGACAAGAUAGCUAUUUAAAAAUAGUUCCCCUGAGACCACUUGUAAAUAGGUUAGAUUGGUUCCCUAUGGUGACCUAGAGAAAAAAAUAGACUCAUUUCUGCUCUCAUUUUUGUCAUAGUCUGAUUUUAAGAUUCAGACACCUUCUCCCCAGGAGAUGUAUAACAUCAGAUUGCCAGUCACCUCUUUGUCUCUCUCUUCUUUCUGAAUGUGAUUUCUAUUCCAUGUUUUGAAUUUUUAUUUUCCAAUGCAGUGGAAAAGAAACAGAUCAUUUUAAAUGAGGAGGUAACAGGGAAAGCACUGACGUUCAGUUUCUGCAUCUUCUGGAUCAAUUCAUGAAGCAAAGAUCAUGGAUUACAUAGGAUCCUUCUUGGUUUUUGCUGCUGGUUAGGACUUGACUUGGCAUUAUCCAAGCACCAGUACAAGUGGGGUUUCCAAUCGCAAGUGAGAGAGGUGAGAAUGUUUGGACUCUAACUCACCGAUUGCUUUGGAGAACAAGGUCUUUCAUUUCUCCUGUACAGUCCAACUGUCUCUGAUAUUCCUAAGAUCCUUGUCACAGAUACUCUAAAUGUGAAUUUAUGAGCUGAGGGAGUCAACCCAGCCUACCAUGCCUUGGCUGAUGAUACCAGCGGAAGAGAGUGCUGAUCUGUCUAGGAAGCUUAGCAAUAUAUCUUCAAAUUUAUUUUUGUUUUUUAAAAUAUUUCUUAAACAUGCUGUCCCAACAUUUGUGAGUCGUGUCACAAGUGAGUCAUUACCAAUGAUAGAUAACAUACCAAUGUCUGUGAUGAAUUUGCUUUAAAAAGUUAAGGUCAAUUGAAAGCCAUUCUGUUAUUUUUAGCUUUCUCACUUAUUUAGACUCCAAUACACUUUCUUGGACGAGAGGGUAGAAUGUGGUGUUAGCUAGUGAGCAGAGGUCUGUAUAUUGUCCUUGCCUCAGCCUGCAAUCUGUGGAUGCCCAGGGGAAGGCACACAGGCCUCGUCCACCGGGCAAUAGACAGGUGGGAGGUGAGAACUAUUAUUAGAAGGAGGAAAAGUAGAUAUUCAAAUCAUCACACCUAAGAGUGAUGAUUUGAUGGCUCUGUAUGUAUGCUGGCUCCAACUAUCUAAUCCCUUCUGUCUUUCUGUUCUCACAAAGAUGGAAAAGAUGCAAGACCUUGCCAGAAAUAAAGAUACAUCAUCCACA